AUGAUUGUUAGUUCAUGGAAUGUUAGGGGGUUAAGGGGUGAUAGGAAGAUGCGAAUGGUGAAAGACCUUAAGAGGAAACAUAGGUUGAAUAUGUUACGCCUCAUAGAGACUAAAAGACAGUUAGUGACAAGAUUUGAUGUUUUAAAAAUUUGGGAAAAUGGUUGUGCAGGGUGGGAGUAUGUGGGGUCUGAAGGUGCAUCUGGUGGGUUGUUGUUAAUGUGGGAUGAUGAUUUCUUUAGAAUGAAAAAUUGCUAUAAAGGUGACAGAUGGUUGUGUGUUGAAGGAGUCUUGUCGGAGAAUUCUAUUGACUGUGCCAUUUUCUUGGGUCCUAGUUGUUUUUUGGGGGACUUUAAUGAGAUUACACAAGUGGAGGAAAGGCGAGGCUUUGAUGGCUUACCUCCGUCGGCGCAAGAUUUGAAAGAUUGGAUAAAUGACAUGGGUUUGGUGGACUUACCGAUUACUGACUGCAAGUUUACAUGGUUCAAAGGACGUUCCUAUAGCCGUAUUGAUAGAGUUUUGGUUAGUUUGGAAUGGCUGGAGGUGGAAUUGAGAGGGUUAGAAGAGGUGCAAUUCACCGAUAAAUUGAAGGCUUUGACGGUUCCUUUGGAAAUAUGGCAUAGAGACAAUUUUGGUGAUAUAGACAAGAAAAUCAUGAAAUAUGAGGAAGAGAUUAAGAAGAUUGAUGACAUCGUCGGUAACGGGACUUAUGAUGGAAUAGUGGAAGCAAGAAGGAAGGCGCUAGUUACUUGCUGCGAGAAAUGGUAUGUGAGGAAAGAACUACAUUGGAAGCAGAUGUCGAGGUCUAGGCAUGCGAGGCACAUGGAUAAAAACACGAGAUAUUUUCACAACUUAGCUUCCGCGAGAAGGAGGAAUAACAGAAUUGAUGCUCUGAUUAUUAAUGGAAGACUGAUAAGAAAUCAAGCUAGGAUCAAGAUUGCCAUUAGGGAGUUUUAUAAGGGUUUAUAUAAUCAAGAGCAGUCUUCUAUGGUGGGUUUUAGAGAUGGUUUGGUAGAAAUGACCAAUGAGGAGGAUGCUUUGGCUUUAGAGAUGGAACUAACACCUGAGGAGGUUAAAGAGGGAGUGUGGGAUUGUGAAUCUUCCAAGGCUCUAGGAAAUGAUAGGUACAACAUGAUUUUCAUAAAGAAGUGUUGGGAUGAAAUUGUUUCUGAAUUCACGGCAGCGGUACUGGGCAUCUUCCAAUCUUCCAGGUUUCCGACAGAUGCAAAUGUCACAUGGGUGGCACUGGCCCCCAAGUUUACUAGUGCUAAGGAAAUCAAAGAUCUGCGUCUGAUUAGCAUGUCGGGUCUGUGUAUAAGGUAA